GAAAUUUGAAUUAUUUGGAAGAUAUCUCAACCCUAUACGCCUCCGCGCCUAUCUGUACUCUCUCGAAACACACACUCUCUCUCUUCAAAUUUGGACCAUUCCUAGCGUUGAUUCUACGCUCGCAUCACCUAACUAUUUAUAUAUCCAUCUCUCUCUCUCUAUUCAAAUUUGGAUCCACCGCUUUGCGCUCCAAACCCUACUUUUCUCGCUCUAGAUUAUCUCUCGCUCUCUCUUUAUUUCUAUCUCCAGGAAAAUAAAGAAGUCGAUACAUAUACAAUGACGAAAGGUACCAAGAGGAGGACGGCGUCCCAAAAGGACGAAGCUGUGGACAAUCACAAAGAGUCCAAGAAGACAUCCACUCGUGCUAAGGCUGUCAAGGCGUCCAAGCCCGAAUCAGAGCCUGAGUAUUUCGAAGACAAGCGCAACUUGGAGGACUUAUGGAUGGCUGCAUUUCCUGUGGGAACAGAGUGGGAUCAACUGGACAUCCUUUACCAGUUCAAGUGGGAUUUUUCGAACUUAGAGAAAGCGUUUGAAGAGGGUGGAAUAUUAUAUGGGGAGAAAGCUUAUCUCUUUGGUUGUACUGAGCCUCAAUUGGUCGCUGUCAAGGGGGAGAAUAAAGUUGUCUGCAUACCUGUUGUGGUGGCUGUUGUAUCACCUUUUCCUCCUUCUGAUAAAAUUGGGAUUAACUCAGUUCAGAGAGAGGCUGAAGAAAUCAUUCCCAUGAAACAAAUGAAAAUGGACUGGGUUCCAUACAUUCCUCUCGAUAAGAGAGACGGUCAAGUUGAUAAAUUAAAGUCUCAAAUUUUUAUCUUGAGCUGCACGCAGAGAAGGGCUGCUUUGAAACACUUGAAGAUAGACCGUCUGAAGAAAUUUGAAUAUUGCUUGCCUUAUUUUUACCAGCCUUUAAAGGAAGAUGAGCUUGAACAAAGCACUGAAGUUCAAGUAAUAUUUCCAGCAGAACCAAAGCCGGUUUUUGUUGAGUUCGAUUGGGAGUUGGACGAACUAGAGGAGUUUACAGAUAAUUUAAUUAAAGAGGAGGAAUUAACUGAAGACCAGAAGGAUGCUUUCAAGGAGUUUGUCAAGGAGAGAGUUCGAGAAGCAAAAAAAGCCAAUCGACAGGCAAGGGAAGCCCGGAAAAAGGCCCUUGAAGAAAUGAGUGAAGAGACCAAAACAGCAUUUGAGAGUAUGAAGUUCUACAAGUUCUACCCUGUGUCAACACCUGAUACUCCUGAUAUAUCAAAUGUUAAGGCUCCAUUCAUCAACAGAUACUAUGGGAAGGCUCAUCAGAUUCUGUGAAUGGCUUCAUCAAGGUUCAGGAAUAUGAGAUGUAAACUAAGCCUGCUUGUUGUUGCUGCCAUUUCCUCAAGAAUAUGUAUUCUGCGCUAUGCUAUAGAUGAUUAAGCUUGGGAGGCAGCCCCUGGUGCCUCAGCUCAAUGGGAUCUCAAUGAUCAGUAUUGACAUCGGCCUGACUGACAUCUCCAGGUGGAUGUAAAACUUGUAGCUCAGAAUUUUUAGAUGAAAAGAUUACAAGGGUUCUUAAUUCUAUUAGAGAAAUUGUAAAAUGCUUUAUUGAGGCAAUUUCUUUUUGGUGUUUUAAUACCUUAAUGAGCUUGAGAAACAAUUUUCGUGGCUCAAGUUUUCUAAUUAGUUUCUUUUUGUUAGAGUAGAAAUUUAGAAUCUAGACAUUCAUUUAUUACGAACCAAAGUUGGAUUGUAGCAGUAUGAACGAUGUACUCUUUUCGUUGAAACAGUUAAAAAAAAUAUACAUUGGUACCAAAUUAUCCUAAA